AUGGUUCGCUAUGACGAUCCCGAUCUCCGUGACAGAAAGCUUUUUAUCGGCGGACUUAGUUAUUCAACUGAUGAUUAUUCCCUAAGAAACUUCUAUUCACAAUGGGGUGAGAUAAUAGAUGCUGUCGUCAUGAGAGAUCAUUCUGGCCGUUCCCGGGGAUUUGGCUUUGUAACCUACAGUGACGCUGAUAUGGCCCAAAAAGCUCACUCCAAUAGACCUCAUAACAUUGAUGGCCGCGUGGUUGAUGCCAAAUUUGCUACUCCCAAGGAUGAAUCGGCUCCUGAGGGGUCCUCUUCAAAAAAGAUCUUCAUUGGUGGCCUUUCUCAUGAUAUCGGGGAUGACCAAUUGAGGGACUAUUUUGCUCAGUUCGGCCGGAUAACUGAUUCUGUUGUCAUGAUCUAUAAGGAGACAAGAGAACCCAGGGGGUUCGGGUUCGUGACUUAUGAAACGACUGACGAGGCGGACGCCGCCAUAUCUGCAAAGCCCCACAAAAUUGGGGGCCAAGAAGUUGAUGUCAAGAAGGCUGUUGCAAGGACUGGUCCACGCCCAAAGACCUUUGGAGGCCGUAUGGGCGGAGGCAAGAGUCUCCACGAGGCGACCUCCGGUGGUGAAUCGCGAACGUAUGGGAUUGGUCUUAUGGUCACGGCUGGGAUUAGUUAG